AGCUCUGGUUUGGUUAACAAAUUGCUUCAAAUGAAGGUUUGAUGGAAUGUGAUUGACGCAAGUGAGUGGACCUUUGACGCGAGGACAUCGCGACGUAGAUUGUCCGAUAAUCAUGAUGUCCACCUUCCUAGCACGAGGCAUUCGCAAGGCUAUGGCUAUAUGACUAUGCGGCAUCCAGAAUGUGCCUUUCACUCUCGCCAUCGUUCUCCCAGCGCCAUGCCGUCUGUAAUGCGACGCGAACCGUCCGAUGCCUGGAAGACCCAGCUACGGAAUCGUAUAGCCGAGGCGCUCCGCCCAUCGUACCACUUUACCCCAUCGGGGGAGAUCAAAUUCACCGUCCCGUGGUCUACGACGUUUGGAGGGAUUGGCACUCAUGUUAUCAAGGAGUAUGUGGAGGUUAUGGGAAAGCUGUAUAAGCUGCAAAAGUCAACGGAGGAGAUGGAGCUGGAGCGUGCGAGGAGGCAGGCGAGCGACGAGGAGGAUUAUGGGGAGCGUGUGGUGUGUCCGUCUCCUGCGAGGCUGCGAGCUGUCGAGGAGGAGAAGAGAAAGGAGGUACGGGCUAUGAGGAAGGAGGUGCAGGAGGAGGGGGAUAGGGAGUUGGCGUUGCUUUUGAGGGCGGAGGAGCUUAUUCGGUGGGAGAAGAGGUUACAGGCGAAGGAGAGGGCGCUGGAACGUUCGGCGCAAGAGUAUGCGGUGAAGGAGAGGGGUUAUCAUGAGAGGUUGAGGGUGGUGGAGCAACGGGAGAGGGAUGUGCAGGAAAGGGAGAAGGCGGCGGAAGUGAGGGAUAAGCCUGAGCGAUGCCGGGGAAGGUGGAGACCGAGGGAAUCUGAGAGUAAAACUCGAGGUAGGGAGCUUCCGAGUUCGUGGCUUAAUCGUCGACCGACGGUGACGCCGUUGGUAAACGUGGGUUCGAGGAUACAGGAAUGGGAGAAUAUAAGUCCUCCUGGGCGGUUCUGAGUAGGGGCGCUAUAAGUCUGGUACUAUAGCUAUGCGUUGUCAUUGUCAGUUUUAUGUUCAUUGAAACUUUGUACAUACGGUAGACAUUUUUAU